AUGACGUGGGAUGAAACCGAUAGAGGAAACUACUAUUGUGGGCCACUUCUUGUAUUAUUGUUAGCUUAUUUGGAGUUUAUGAGGAAUGAUAAGAAUGAAAAAAGACAAAUACAUGCACUACAUUUUUGGGAUUAUGAAAUGAUGGUGAAAAGGGAAAAAGCUGAGUUAAAGAGUGGUGACUUUGGAACUUUGGAAUGGAAUGAUGAUGUUAUAGAGAAUGAUGAAGAAUCUGACACCGAUGAAAAUGAAGAUAUGAAACUCGAUGAAUUGGUAUUCAAAGCGAAAAAGAAUUACAAAAAACUAGUGAAUGAUAAACUGAAGUUUGGAAAGUUAAUUGAGUUUUCAACAACAAAAUUCACAGAAAGCGAUGAGUUGAAAGAUAUGAAGAAAGUCUUUGAACAAGAAUUCAUUUAUAAAACUCAAAAUGAAGAUGAAGAAAAAAGCGAUGAGAAUUUGAAUGAACAUGAAAUAAAGAAUCAACCAAUCAUGACUAAGAGAGGUUAUGUGCUUGGAAGAGGAAUGGUUGAAACAAUGCAGGCAGGAUUAUGGAGACAGUUCAUAUUUGACAAAUAUAUCCCUUUCAAUGAAAGAUUUGAUAAAUUUGAGUCAAAUAUCAAAGAUGCAAUGAAAAAGGACAAAGAACUUCUGACAUUUGAAAAAGUUCACUUGGUGUUUUUCCCAGUUCAUCAAAAAAAUCACUUUUACAUCAUCUGCAUAAACUUAGAGGAACCAGCGGUUGAUGUCAUUGACAAUAGGAAUUCAGUUGCAAAGUUUCCUAGAGCUUAUCGUGAUGCACCUAAUGAAUUGGUACUUGAUGAGGGUCAAUCACAAAUCAGCUUCAACUUUGGAGGGUGUUGA